AUGAGUCAUACCUCUUUAUCUUUGGAUGAAUUAGAACGAUGUUUGGCCUAUAUUCCUCUCUACGGUAAGUCACAGCAAUCUCAUGUAGAGUUAUCGACAUGUGAAAUCUCGAAUGGAUAUUUAAGCAUAUUACUACAAGCUGCUGCCAAAUGUGUGAUCUAGCUGCCAGGUAUGACUGAUUGUCUGAAGGGAGAAGAGCUUGUAUUUGCCGCAACUUAUACAUUCCAUCCUAUUCGGAUGAUUCGCAUCUCAAAUGAAGAAUUGCACACGUUAACCAAUAAUGAGGUUGAACCUGCAGUUGGGUCGUACGACUUUCGAGAUAUACCGGAUAUGCUCGAUCGUUUUAUUAUAUGGCUAGUUUCUUUCAUCGCAUUUAUCACUGUCUUGUACUUAGAGCAGUCGAUAUUCUGGCGAUCGAAUCGAUCAUCGUUACUAUUAGAAGAACGAAGCGUCGAACGGUGUUUCGAUUUCGCUUCGUUAAGCUUUAAUUUUAGUCCAGCUAAUGUUAUACCUGGAACGCAGUUCUGUUUCGAACAUGACAAACUGAUAUUAAUAGUACCGACGCAAAAUGCUCUUCAUCGGUUUACUUUCGAUAUUGGGGCUAAAAAGAAUGAGGUUCAAGCCAUUCUGAAGCUGUCUGCAGAUGAGACCUUCCUGGAUAAUUAUGACAGCUACAAACUAACAUCAUCAAGAAGUGCCUGUCGUGCAAGUAUUGUACAUACGACAAGUACUGGCACAUCUGCAAUAUAUUCAUUGGGUGAUGGACAGAUUGUUCUUGUACAGAUGCGUCAUGCACCAGGAAGUAAAGGACAAGGUUAUGAAAAAGUAAUAAGAGGCGAUGGAUUGCUACAACGAGUAAUGAAGGCAACCCAUCAGCUGAGCUUAGUUGUUGGCUUAGCAUCAUGUGUGAUUCAUUGUGACGUUCUGUUUUAUGUGCUCUUUGAUGAUAAAAGGCUGCAUGUUUAUACGAAUGGUAAAAAAGAGUACGAUGGGAAUUUAUAUGAUAUGAUACCUAAUAGCGAUGGAGAACAAGUCAGUGUAGAAAUGAUAAAAAUUUGUUCUAACACGGAUUCCUUUUAUGUGGUCGUGCUUUUUCAAGUUGUUGACCAUUGCAUGUUUAUGUUGGGGAAAAUUGAUCCAUAUCUGCUACCAGAAUAUGCUGGAUAUUUCUCGUUUAUUAAUACUUUCCAAACAGAAAGUGGAGUAGUGGAUUUCACCUGUGCCGUGCAAGAAAAUAUUCUGGAUGUUAUUUGUUUAUGUAAAGUUUCGGAUGGAAUUCGUUACUGUUUACGCACUGCUUCAGUUGAUUGUUUGCAUGGUGUAUUGACAAUUCCUUGGAAAGAAGUAAAUGAAAUCAGUGAUGGUGAUCUGGAGGUGAGUGUAUUGCAAGCUAAACCAAAGCAAUCGAUUGCUGCACAGAAAUCAUAUAUCUUCGAUCCCAACAGAUAUCCUUUUGGCAUUGUUUUACGUUCUCUUCAGUUAGUUUGCAAAAAAGGAACUUUUAACUGGGAACUUUUGGGAAGGCGAUACGAUUGGCGAAUGCUAAAGGAAGCAGCGGAAAAGUAUUGUGGCUCAAUAGAGUUCGAUCAGCAUUAUGUUACUCGAGAGGAUCGUUCACUUUUGGCUACAACACCACCCAAUCAGGCGGGACAAGAUCGAUUCUGGACAGCGCUUACAAAGAUGUGCAAUGAAUUAAUGCAAAAUGAAUGCCUUUCUUUAGGUCUGUGGCACUCUGUCCCUCUUGGCUUGUAUGGUACAAUACAACAGGGACGUUUCACAGUAUGUCGUCCUGGUGAUGAACAGCUUCGUUGGUUCGAACAUUUGAUUGGAAACGAUGAAAAGAAUGUGAAAUUAUGUUGGGAAAUCGUUACAAAAUUUGCUGUAGGAGGACUGGUUCCCAGUGCAGUAAGUAUAGAAGGAAGUGAACAGUUCGUGAAUACAUUUCCAACAGUCUCGCAUAUUUUCGAGGAUGCAAUCCGGAAAUUUACUGAAUUAAGACCUGUCGACGAAUUUGAUUUAGACACAGCAGCGGAAACGCCAUUUCAUGGAUCGUUCACAACUGGGCUGUUGGCUACUCACUUCAUACGCUUAAUUGAUGACAGAUUAGCUCUCAGCCAAUGCUUUAUCGCUCUAAUGGAAUUAGUAAAAACUGUCUACUCUUCUCAGGAUGAGACGAUACCAUUGGACGCUAGAUGGGGGCUUACAGUUAAUACUUACGAAAAGUCACUUCAUGAUAUGAAUCGACAAUUUAGCAUUUUAUCACAGGCAAUGAAACUGCGAAUUUGUUUUGACAAUUAUAGCGAAAUAAGCCUAGCAGAUGGUUUCUUCGCAAGUGCUGGUCUCCCAACCGUACUCAGUUAUGUACAGGAUAAGGAAUUAGUGAGUGAGGAAGACGAUACGGAAGAGGAUGACGAAGAAACUGUGGAGGACGCAGCUGAUAAUUGCAUUGAAAAGAUUCCUUAUGUAUCUCCUCUUAGACAGUCAACAUCAGCAUAUUCACAAUUUCUUAACAAAAUCGUUAAUGGCGCUGUAGUUGUUCUUUGGCCAGAAAAUACAGCUAUGGUGUUAGCCAGAUUUUUGGCUAACUAUCGUCAGUAUUCUGCGCUACAGGCAUACUGUCAGUUGAAUGAACCUUAUAUAACAGAACUGUGCGCUGCUUUUCGGUUUUUCGAAGGAUAUGCACUUGCUGGUCUAGGACAUCCAGAAAAGGCUUUGCAGUCAUUUCUAGAUGCUAUAGAAGGUAUUAAUCGGCAAGAUGAAGCACUUAAUAGGGUGCUUUCUCAUGAUGGUAAUGUUUCGGAUGAACUAUAUAAUGAAUUGCAAUAUCUGUUGAAGGUUAUGGCUGUCAUGGAGAUGCACGGUUUUCACGAGCAGCUAGUUUACUUGUCAAGACGUGCCUUGAAGGAAGCACUGCAAGCCAAAGACUUAAACACUAGAGUUUUGCCUGGACUGUAUAUGUCUGUUUUUAAAUUCGAACUUAUCACGGGACGAUAUGAAGAUGCUCUUAAUACUCUUCUCUCUAAUCCAGUUCCGGAAAAUCGUCGAAUAUGUCUGAGAGAACUUUUAGCGAAAUUGAUAGAGCAAAGGAAAAAUGCAGUACUUGUCGGUUUAAAUUAUGAAAAUAUGGAACAGCAGGUGAUCAAUAUAUUGAAAGCAAACGCUCGCACCUCAGAUAUUAGUAAAGAAGGAUACUUUUACGAACUGAUCUAUGCAUUUCAUAUCAAACGAGAUCUUUUUCAGCGAGCAGCAUUGAUAAUGUUCGAAUAUUCGUGUCGUUUACAGUCGGAGCUGCAGAAUCGAAACGUAUUAGCUCGACGUUGUCGUGCUCUUAGCACUGUUGUCAGUUUGCUUUCGUUACUACCAGAAACUGACCAAUUCCUCACACUUCCAGCAUCACUGGAAAAGGAUAAAAGUCCAACGAAGCAAAUAGAAAAAGCAGAUGAAAAAGUGCUAGAGAAGGUUGAGGGCGAAAUAGGCAAAAAUGCUCUCGCUAUCUGGACGCUAAACGAUAUUUCGAAGAAGGCAAUGUUAUCAUCAGCGCGACUGAUAUUAUUCGAUGCGAAUUACAAUCCGAAAGAGAAGAAAUCGAUCCCGCCGCCUACGAAACUUCACGAAAUUAUUGAGCAACUCAUUCAGAAGAAAUUUUUUGAUCACGCCUGGCAAGUGUACAAGCUUUUCGACUUAAAGCCAUAUCCACUGUUGAAAGCAAUUACUGUGGAAUGUAUUAAUCUGGAUGCAAAGCCACCAAAAGGUGAACCAUAUUGGGUUGCCAGAAAUCGGAAAUUUGUGAAGAAAACACCCAGUUUACGAGACCGGCACUGGGCAAUUUUAUUAGGAUAUGUGGAAGCAGCCAUAAAAAAGUGCCCGAAUGAUUUGAAAAUUUUAUGGACAGUGACGUUUGUAUUUCUUGAACAUCAGUGGCAUAUACCUCCAUGGUUAUCAAACUGUUACGAGGAACAGUGUGCAGCACAGUAUGCUUACCUGCUAAUAAUGUUUGAUCAUCUUCAUUUAGCCAGUGAAACACUCAAGAAAAAGAUAAUUUUGGAAACGAAAAAAAUAUCAUCUCGAAAGUCACAAUCUUCAAUACCCCUUACAGAAAUCGAUUGGCUACUGUGGCUGAUUAGUAAACGAGAUGAUGAAACUUUAAAAAAAGACGCAAAACAGUUAAAGAAAUAUGUAGAACGGUAUUUUGAACGUAUUGCAUCCUUUGCAAUGCAGUGA